GCGGUGGCAGCAGGCAGCACGCAGCGGCGGGCGCGCGGCGGCUCCGCUAGCUCCGCGCGGAUCCCGGCGCUGUUCAUUCAUGAUCGGUACCCGGCCCCCGAGACCAGCCCGAGCGCCGGCAGGGAGCGCCCAGGGGCGGGCGGAGCGCGGCUCCCGCACCGCACGCGGCGCGGGCUCGGCAGCCUCGGCCGGGCAGGCGCCGGCCCCGUGUCCAGCGCCAGGCAGGCUCCGGGGCUCCGUCCUCGGCCCUUGGCCAGGGAACCACCGGCUGCGUCCUCGCUCCCGGGAGCCGUGGAGCUCACCCGAGCCGCCGGCCCUGUGAGUCAGUGCAUGUGCGGGGCUGAGAGGGAAGCCAGCCGCCUCCCUGAGCCCCAGCCCCACGCUCGCUGCGUUCCAGGCUGCAGGCGAGCUGCCGGGGCUCCCGGCUUCCUCCUUUUUUUCUCCUCCAAUUCGGAGUAGAGGAGACACACUGGUUUCCUUUCAGGGGAGGGGAGGGCAGGGCCUGGGGUCCCAAGUCGCACUCAAGUCUUCGCUGCCAUGGGGGCCGUCAUGGGCACCUUCUCAUCUCUGCAAACCAAACAAAGGCGACCCUCUAAAGACAUCGCCUGGUGGUAUUACCAGUAUCAGAGAGAUAAGAUUGAAGAUGAGCUGGAGAUGACCAUGGUGUGCCACCGGCCUGAAGGACUGGAGCAGCUCGAGGCCCAGACCAACUUCACUAAGAGGGAGCUGCAAGUGCUCUACCGAGGCUUCAAAAACGAGUGCCCCAGUGGCGUGGUCAAUGAAGAGACCUUCAAGCAGAUCUAUGCCCAGUUCUUUCCUCAUGGAGACGCCAGCACCUACGCCCAUUACCUCUUCAACGCCUUCGACACCACCCAAGCGGGCUCCGUGAAGUUCGAGGACUUUGUAACUGCUCUGUCGAUUUUACUGAGAGGAACUGUCCAUGAGAAACUAAGGUGGACAUUUAAUUUGUAUGACAUCAAUAAAGAUGGAUACAUAAACAAAGAGGAGAUGAUGGACAUUGUCAAAGCCAUCUAUGACAUGAUGGGGAAGUACACGUAUCCUGUGCUCAAAGAGGACACGCCCAGGCAGCACGUGGACGUCUUCUUCCAGAAAAUGGACAAAAAUAAAGACGGCAUCGUGACUUUGGACGAGUUUCUUGAGUCCUGUCAGGAGGAUGACAACAUCAUGAGAUCUCUCCAGCUGUUCCAAAACGUCAUGUAACAGGGGACACUCAGCCAUUGGCUCUCAGAGACAUUGUACUCGACAACCACCUUGGCACCCUGGUCUGCCCUUGUUCUAAUUUUACACACCAACUCUUGGGACAGAAACACCUUUUACACUUUGGAAGAAUCCCUGCCGAAGACUUUCUAAGAUGCCUGGCAUCAGUGGCUCAGUCUGAUCGCCAGCUCUUCCUCUUCCCUCCUCUUGAGAGAGACAAGAUGAAAUUUGAGUUUGUUUUGGAAGCAUGCCCAUCUUGUCACGCCGCUGCCCCACAGAAGGUCCCUCUGCUUGAGCUUCAACAGUAGUGCACCGUGUUCUGCUUACGUGCCCCUGCCCGCUGCCUCCACGUCGAGCAGACCUCGAGGAGUCUGGAAGCCAGAGGACCUCAGCCAAAUGCACACCAUCCUCUGAUGGCCUCCCAAACCAACGUGCCUGUUCCUCUUCCUUUGUGGGAAGAGAGUGUUGUACUGAACAAUUAGAGUCGACCGUGUCUAGACAGGGAGAGGCAGCACCUAACUCACGUAGAACAAGACGGAAUUCUGAAGCAUGGCAUCGUCUGAUGACCCAAACUCCCACAGCAUUCGACUCCAGAGGCAAGGACCAAUCAUUCUCCCACACAAGCAUCUGUGCUAGUUCAUGCAAGUCCCCUAACACGCCCAGGGCGGGAGCCGUGGCCCAGUGGUGUGUACCGCCUCUCCAGCCCCUGCUCACGCCCAGCACUGCAUGGCCCUCCCAGAAAGCCCAGAAUGCCUGCAAAUUGCUGUGAUUUUAUACCAUGUUCUAAUCAAUAAACCGAACUAUUUCUUACGCUCUCAA